AUGCGGCGGCCCUUCGAUCGCACCCGGAGGCAGGCGAGCACGGUUGCGAUCAGGCUUUGUUUCUGGGAGAGGACGGGAAGAUCCAGGAAACUCGAGGUUACGAAUAUCUUCUUUGGGAUGAAGGACGGAACGAUGCGGACUCUGCGUCUGAACGAUACUGUACUGGACAGUAUCACGCGAACAUCGGUUAUCAGCUUGGCCAAGAGAAGAGCGAUCGAGGUGGAGGAGCGAGACUAUUACUUCGUGGACUUCUACGACGACGUGAUGCAUGGGGAGGUCAGUGAAGUCUUUGGCUGCGGCACGGCGUGCAGUCUUGUCGCAAUCAGUUCUUUCUACUACCCAUCCCGUGAGGCCAAAACAGGCAGCAACAAGAGCGCAGUCGAGUUCGACAUCAAUGGCGAGGAUCCAUUUGGUUGGCGCUAUGAGAUACGUGUGCAGGAUCUACCGCUGUUUUCAUGGGAAAAAAACGUCCAUAGAUAUGGCCUGUCGCUUCCGGCCAUUUCAUACGCCGGGAGAUUAACAUCUAAACGGGUCUAG